AUGAAGCGGGGGCAGAGGGACCAGCAGGAUCGGGGGAAGGAGGAGGCCAGUGCUGACCACAUGGAUGUGCCUGCUGCAGCUGAAAACCCUCCAACCCAACCUCCGGACCCACCAUCCUCCUCUGCACCAUUAGCCAUGCUACCAUCCAGCUCAGCUACUGCCCUGUUAGCGCUAGCAUCCCCAGGCACCAGGCGCUCCAUCUCUAUGGGGGACUUCCGCAGGGUGACAGGGGCGCUGCUGGCCACCUCAGACCCACCUUCAGCCUCAGCCACAGCCCCCUCCUCCAGACUGGUGACCCCCAGUUCCAGCAUGGAGUUUGAGGCAGCCCGAAGGAGGUUACUGGAGGUGGAGGAGCGACAGAAGGUGAUCCGUGAGAUGGAGAAGAGGCUGGAGGAGCUCAGGGAGGUAUUUGUGAGAUCUGAAGAGGAGGUGGUGAUUCACGGAGAAAUUGUGUCCAGGAUUACAACCUCUGCCCAGCAGGGGGAGCUCUUUGUGGCAGAGAAUACUCAGCGUUUGAAGAAGGGAUUGAAGUUCAAGAAGCACCGGCCCACCAUUGUGUUUUCGUCUAUGCUGGGGCUGAGGACGUGUCUGCCCUGGCCCGUCAAGCUCAAAUAG